UCACUGAAGAUUACUGAAAAAGACAGGCUGCCUGGGGUUGUGUAUAUUGGUCACGUGCCCCAUGGUUUCUAUGAAAGACAGCUCUCUAACUACUUCUCCCAGUUCGGCAAGGUGCUCAAUGUCAAACUUUCUCGCUCUAAAAACAACGGUAAAUCAAAAGGAUAUGCCUUCAUCAAAUUUAAAGAUGCAGCUGUCGCCAAGACUGUAGCAGAGACCAGAUUCAAAUGGAGGCCAACAACCAAACCCAAACGUCAACAUAACAGCGCCAAGACAACAGACAAGCUAGAUGAGUCACCCAGGAGGUCAGCGAGGAAUCAGACAAAAAAGUUGGAGAAAUUAAAAGAGUUCGGGAUAGACUUAAAGCUGGAGGACAUCAUGGAUGUCCCGAAAAUUCCACCAAAACAACUGAAGAAAAAGUCAAAGGAAGCACCCACACCAAAAGAGUAA